AUGAAAAAAAAUUAAUAUCAAAUCAAGGUGACAUAAGAUAGUACACCAACAAUUGAAAACAUAAUAUAAUAGGAUAUCUUAUCUGUUCCAAAAAGGAUAAAAAUGGCAAGAAAAUCUAAAGUGAGAUUUGCUAUGGAUCCUUUAGAGAAUGAAUGUCCUUUAGAGUAGCCAAAUCCAUUUAUCUUUAAUGAAUAAUUAUAGCAUAGUUUUAGAGAUUAUUUAGAAGGAUAAAAAACAGCCUUAAACUUAGUUAACGAAUGUAAUCAUGUUAUUGGUCAGACUCAUAAAAUGGAUCAAUUUAAACUAUUUUCAAAUGUAAAUCGAUUUAGAACUUAAUUGAAAUAAAGAUCUUCAAUUAGAAUGUUUAUGUAGUAAUAAAAUUAAUAUGCUGAUGAUGUUGUAUUACGUAAGAUCAAAGUUUAAGAAAGAUAUAAUAAAAUCAGAUAAUUAAUUUAAUAAAAAAUGAAAUCAACAAAUAAAAAUGAUUCUUUAAAAGAUGUGUAAAUGUUUAAACAUUUAUUUGAUACAUAUGAAAAAAAUGUAAAUAAAAUUAAAUCAAAAAAUUUACUAUCUGAAAAGGCUGAUGGAAUAAGAGAAUAUGAUUAAAUAAAGUAUUAAAAAAAUCCAACAGGAUCUCUUAGGGUUCGAGUAGAUACUGAUAAAUAGUAAAUUCCUUUAUAAAGAAGAGUGAAGACUCUACCUUAAUAAUCUACACUUCAUUAAACAAUGAAAAAAUAGAGAGAGAAAAUGAAUACUAAAUUAACAGAGUUUUUAGAACAUGAUUAAAAUUAAGAAAGAAAUUUAUAAAUUAAAGCAAGAAGAAAUUUAAUUAGAGAUUUAAAAAAAGGAGAGGAAAGAUUUCAUUCUUUUGAACCAAAUUAAUAUAAUUUAACUGAUCCUCUUAGUAAAGAUGUGAAAUUAUAUGCUUAUAUGUUUAUGAAAUAAACUAAGGAUGAUCCUAUUAAAAAACAAUAAAAUCAUUUGAAUAUUCUUUCUCGAAGUGAAAGAACUUAAAAUCAUUAAAAUAGACAUUAUUUAGCUAAUUUUAAGGAUUAAUUAUCAAACUCUCGAGAUUAGAGUUUAGAUGAAGAUUCAUCAUAUAAUUCUAUGUUAGAAAUUAAUAUUGAUAAUUUGUACAAAAGAAGUGCAGAUUUAUAAAGUAAGAUAUUAAAUACUAAAUCUGAGAAAUUAUUAAAAAGAAUAAGAUAAUUUUAGAAGGUUAAACAAUUGACUGCUCAAAUAAUUAAAGUGAAUGAGCUUAAACUCUCGAAUAUUAAAUUAUUAUGA